CAGCGAUUAUUGUCCGCAGACAAUAGAAAUUUACAGCGACUGCUCUUUUUCUUCCUUGCUUCGAGAAGAGCGAAGAAUAGAAAAAAAAAGUGGUUGCGUGAUGUUUGACCGCGGCCUGCUUUGACCAGCGACGACCCAUCCAAUUCAAUUCACAAUCUGUUUUUAUUCCUGGUCUUUGCAUUUGGCUUUCAUUAAACAAAAUAAAAGAAAAUUUAAUUAAAAAAAUGGGGGAAUCCAAAAGCAUGAUGUACUGAAUUAUUCUUACCUACACUUGACGACAAGGCUAAAGUGACCCGUCGGUCACCUUGUCGACCAAUACCUUUUUCGCUUUCCUCCUUCAUUUCUAACCCAAACCACCACAUUUGCCCGACCCGAACCGGCCCGGCCCGACCGCUUUCCCCAUCCUUUUAUCAGCACCACAGCUCUCUUUCUUUUCCCCUCUCCUACAAUUCCCCUCUAAUUCCUCUCUCUCCUCUCUCCUGGGGUUCCCCCACUCCGCCAUGGCCAUAGAGCUCAUGAUGAACUACGGCGGCAGCAGCAGCAGCAACGCGAGCUUCGUCACCAAAAUGGAAGAGUCGGCCGUCCAAGAAGCCGCCUCCGGCCUCGAAAGCGUCAACAAGCUAAUCCGCCUUCUCUCCCAGCAGCAGCAGCAGCAGACUCAAGAUCAGAACCACCGCCGCUCCUCUCCCUCCGCCUCCGCCUCCGCCGCCCCCGGUCCCGCCGUCGACAUCGAAACCGACUGCAGAACCGUCGCCGACGCCGCCGUCUCCAAGUUCAGGAAAGUCAUUUCCCUCCUAGGCAGCACCCGAACCGGCCACGCCCGCUUCCGGAGAGCCCCUGUCUCCGCCGCUUCUCCGUCGUCGACGGAGCUGAUCCCCGCAAAUCUCAACCACUACCACCACCGCCACCACCACCACCGCAGCAGCGGCAGUGAAAUCCCGCAUCCCGAGAGCAACAGCAACGACGACAACAACAAGGUCUACUACGCGACGCCGAUCCAGCAGAUUCCUCCCUCGCCGCAGGAUUUCGGCCUCGCGGUUGUGAAAUCAGGCGCAUCCGUGGACAGAAACGGCAAAGACUCGUCCGCCACGACCAUCAAUUUCUCGUCCUACUCCUCCGCAGCGAACUCGUUCGUUUCGACGCUCACCGGAGAAACAGAGGGGAAGCCGCACCAGCACCAGCACCAGCACCAGCAGCCUUCUUCCUCGUCGGCGUUCCAGAUCACGAAUCUGUCUCACUCGGCCGGCGGACGGCCUCCGCUCUCCACAUCGUCGUUGAAGAGGAAGUGCAGCUCUGAGACUCUGGGAUCCGGGAAAUGCCUCAGCGGCGGCUCCUCCGGUCGCUGCCACUGCUCCAAGAAGAGUAGGAAAUUAAGAUUGAAGAGGGUGGUUAGGGUUCCGGCGAUAAGCCUGAAGAUGGCGGACAUUCCUCCCGACGACUACUCGUGGCGGAAGUACGGGCAGAAGCCAAUCAAAGGCUCCCCGCAUCCACGGGGUUAUUACAAGUGCAGCAGCGUGCGGGGAUGCCCGGCCCGGAAGCACGUGGAGAGAGCGGUGGAUGACCCGUCGAUGCUGGUGGUGACCUACGAAGGAGAUCACAAUCACAACACGCUGUCCAUUGCUGAGACGGCUAAUCUCAUCUUAGAAUCCUCCUGAAUUUCAUUAGCUUCUGUUUUUUAACCUUUUUUUGUUGAAUGUGGGGGGUGGGAAGGAAGGAAUUAGAUAGCAAAACUGUAAUAGGGGGGAUUGGGUCGAGGAAGAAGAUGCAAGAUGAAGAUGAUGAACAAAUUCAAUGCUUUGUUUUUUUUUUUGUUUUUUUUUUUUUUUGUGGGUGAUGGUGAUCUCGAAGGAGAUCAGGGAUCAGAAUCUGUAGGCUUGUAGUAGCAGGGAAUGGAUAUUUUGGGGGGUCUAAGUUCCCCAAUUUGUGUCCAAUCAUUUCAUGUAAAAUAUAUUUAUUAUGGGGAUACUUUUGGUUUUUUUGGGUCGAUAAUGAGGAACCCAUAUGUUCUUUCUUGUGAUUUUGGGGAAGAAAUUUGAUGGAAUUUGGAUGAAGCAAAGCAAAGAUGGUGGGUGGUGGUGGUAGUGGAUUUUGGUGGUGGAUUCCUCCAGCUCCCUCUAUUAGCAAUAAACACUAGUAGGGAGAAAGUUGG